CUGACCCACGGUUACGAUAGACGAGGAAGAAACCUGAAGUCCCCUUUGAGGCGGCAUAUUCCAGUGUGACGGUUCAAAACGAUAUAAGGCGUACGCGCGCUACAGGCAAUACCCCAGUACCUCGUCCACGGCCUUGUCACGCAAAAACCUUCCACACAAGUACCAUAUCUUUUACAACAGCGUAUGUUUUGACACUGUGAGUUCGCCAAGGCUGCAGCUGCUCAUUGAGAGGCUAUCACAGGAAUAAGAUCCAGGAGAGACACCGUCCGUGAAAUAGUCAUGUUGUCCACAGACCACACCUCCAAGCAAAGGCGAAGAUACGCCUGAUAUGGGGAUAACCAACUUGCAGUGCAGCGAUGAGACAUUUCUCUGCGAACACGGGGUUCUGGCGGUUGACUGUUACUUGUCCUCUUCUUAUGAGCUCCCGGUUUCUGGACCUAGAAUGGAUACAGCAUCCUAUCUCCGCUUACGCAUCCUUAAGGAUGUCUUUCGGCACGCCUCUGUCAUGCUGUCGGCCCCCAUUGAUUGGUUGGUAAUGCACCUUACGGUCGUCCAAAAACACACGUUGGAAUCAGUCACCGUCUCUCCAUUCUUCCUUCCGCGCGUGAAGAGCGCCCUCGACAACCUCGGACAUUGUCGCAAGCAGAUCUGGGAAGCCUUACGUCCAUACGCGGGGACCAUUGAUAACGCGGACUAUUGUCUUCGAGUGUUUAUGUGGCCAAGAGACGGGCCGGAUCUCAAUACUCUCGGCAGAUUGUGAGUGUUUCCCGGGACAAACCGAAUGCAUGGUAGAAAAAUUCUGGACUCAGAGCGUUUUGUUGAAAACACCCCACGCGGGGUUUAGUAUGGAGAGCAUACUGGCGUCUCCUUUAGCAUGCGAUAAGAGGUUGGAGGGCCGAAUUGAGAUAGCCUGUAUUGUUUUUUGGGUUCUUUGUUUUCUGGCUCUAAGGAAAUCCAGCCCUAAUUGUUCUGGGUUGCGGUCAGGAAAAUUAAGACCUGACUGCACCUAGUUUGACCAGUCCCUAGUCGGUCAC